GCUGAUUAGUUUAAAUGAUAGGUGCUUCCUUACAAUUAUGUCAUUAUUUUUUGUAGUAACAAAACAAUUUGAUCAUACAAAAAACGGAUUGUUCAACGAAAGAUAUGCAGGCAAAAGUGGUCUCCUCGUAUACAAAUUGUCCACAUCAAAGUUGACCCCCGGCCCGUACGUCUUUAAUUGUAAUAAAUCAAUCAUGUGACCUUAGAAAAGAAAUUUUUAUUUGAAACCACAUAUACACUAACCAGUCUAUAAAUUGAGUUGGAUUCAGGGAAGGCUGAAAGUGCACAAUUUCAGCUCACAAUUAUGGCUUUGAGUUCUAAGUUUUUCACCUUAGUUGUUUUAUUGUCACUUUUGGUAUUUAGCCCUUUGGAUGUUGCGAAAGCUCAACCCAUAGCAGCCGGACUUUCAUGGUCCUUCUAUGCUAGAAGCUGCCCCAAUGUGGAAUCCAUUAUCAGAAACCGGCUCCAGCGGGUAUUCAGAGACGACGUUGGCCAAGCUGCCGGAAUCCUUCGCCUCCAUUUCCACGAUUGCUUCGUCCAGGGUUGCGAUGGUUCGGUGUUACUGGAUGGAUCGGCGAGCGGACCGAGUGAAAAAAGCGCAAUUCCGAACUUGACUCUGCGACCUCAAGCCUUUGCAAUCAUCAACGACCUUAGUAGGCGUGUUCAAAGUGAAUGUGGACGGGUUGUUUCCUGCUCGGAUAUUGUGGCUUUAGCUGCCCGGGAUGCUGUUUUCUUGACCGGAGGUCCUAAUUAUAGUGUUCCACUAGGAAGAAGGGAUAGCCUCAAUUUUGCAACACAAAAUGCGACCAUCGACAACCUUGUAGCACCAACGGCUAACACAACCAUUGUCCUAACCAAACUCGCGGCCAAAAACUUAAAUGCAACCGACGCGGUCGCCCUUUCUGGUGCCCACACCAUCGGAAUCGCUCAUUGUGCCUCUUUCACCAAUCGGCUUUACCCGAAUCAAGAUCCGACCAUGGACCAAACGCUCGCUAACAACCUUAAAACCAUUUGUCCAUCUACAAAUACAAAUGCAACAACAAACAUGGACAUUAGGACUCCUAAUGUUUUCGAUAAUAGGUACUUUGUCGAUCUAAUGAAUCGACAAGGUUUAUUCACUUCGGAUCAGGAUUUAUAUACAGAUAGCCGAACAAGAGAAAUCGUCAGGAGUUUUGCAGUAAAUCAAACACUGUUUUUCGAGAAGUUUGUUGUUGCUAUUUUGAAAAUGGGACAGCUGAAUGUGUUGACGGGGAACAGUGGUGAAGUACGGGGUAAUUGCUCGGCCAAAAAUAGUAACAACUUGUAUAUUUCUUCAGUGGUGGAAGAUGAAGGGUCAAUGCAGGCUUCACAAUUUUAGUGUGUUUUAAGAGAAACGGGAGAAAUAAAUCACCAUGUCGACUAAUCUUUUGGUUGUGAAACUUUUUACAUAAUUAGUAUGUUGUCUUGAUAGACAAUCAAGAAGUUGGUUUGGUUGGAAUUUUCCAGUCUUUAAUUUGUGCUAAUAUUUUACUAACUUUUCGUUGAGGCAGUGUAUGUCUCUCAUAAGAUAAACUUUUGGGCCAAUAAUAUAUGUUGUUGAGUACUUUUCUAUAAAUUUGAUCACUAAUUAUUCUCUUAAUCAGACCGCCACUAAUAUAUUUUACUCUCUUUUAGUUUAGUUUAUCCAUGUAUCUUACGUAAAGUUGUACCGAUACGUUAUACCCUAACAACUCUGAAAU